GGCACGCAAGGGACACGGAAGAGGCUCUUGCGUCUGCGUUUCCUUGCGUCUCUCUGAAAACGCAGAAGCAUAAACUAAUAACUUUAAACUACACAGGAGAAAUGCCAUCUGUGGAUCAAUUGGAUUCAUAUUAUAAUUUCUCUAAAAAUCCUUUUGCAUCUUAUACUUUAGACAAAAACAUUACAUUACUGCACAAGUCACAGACAUAUUUCUGACGAACAAUCAUACAUAAAAAAGUACAAGGGCGUAAAGUAGAGGAUGUGAUGUGUUUGGAGGAGGGACUCGGUGAUUUAGAGAAGUGAACACUUCCUGUUGUGUUAGUGAAGACUGAAGAGAAGCUCCGUUAACCUUCAGAACCUCCAACAUGAACACUUUUGACACUUUGAUCUGCUUCUUCUUUUUCUCACUGUGGGGCAGAAACACUGGUCUCAUCAAUGCAGAGAUCCUCGGCCGUACAGGAAAGGAAGGAGGAAACAUCACAGUUAAAUGCAAGUUCAGUUUCUCUGGAAAAAAAAAGAUCUUCUGUAAGGAACCGUGUGAACAAGGAGACAUUCUCAUUGAAACCACUGAUGUCACAGCUGAGAGUGGCAGAUACAGCAUUGAAUAUAAAGAAGGAAUGUAUCCAGUAAGAUCUACAAUUCUGUAUGUGAGCAUCACAAAGCUGAAUAAGUCUGAUGCAGGAAAGUACAGAUGUGGUUUGCAUAGAUCUUAUACUGCCAAUCCGACAUACUGGGAGAUUGAGAUCACAGUUGAAGAAGCUCCGAUCUCUUCUCAACCAACAACGACUGUCCAACCUUUUUCAGCAUCAGUCCCAUCAGCCUCCACAGAGACCACGACACAGAGUGUGAGCUCCAGCACAGGAAGCUGCACUCCUCCAUCAGCCCCACCUGAAGGUACCAAGACCACUCAGAAGACACAGACAACAACAGCCUCAGGCGAGCUGCUGUAUGUGGGUCUGUCUCUGGCCGUCAUGAUCGUUGUGUUAUUAGCAGCUGCACUGAUACUCUGCAGGAAGAGGACCAGUAAACCCAAAGAUCAUCUUGUGGAUACGAUGAACCCGAAUGGCAUAGAGGACAACCGUGUGUACGAGGAGAUCAGAGAGGAGGACAGACGCAGCACAUCUCCUCCUGUAGACAUUUCAUCUCUUUACACUUCUGUAAAAUACACCAAACAAAAUGAAACUACAGACGUUUACAGCUUUGCAACUGCAGCCACUUCUCAGGAGACGGCUGAAGACGCUUCUAAUAAACUGAUCUACUCUGAGGUGCACUUUGACGAGGCCUCGCUCAGCUCUGCCGCUUGUGGUGAGACAGAUAACGUGAUCUACUCGGUGCGUGGAGCUGAGGGGCCGCCGCGCUGAAGACUCACUUCCUCCGUACGUUAAUUGUUACUCCACAUCAGCAGCAGCAGAAGAGGCCGCCGACGCCCCGUUCUCCACCCACAUUCAAACGAAGGGUUUGAAUGAGUAACAAUCAGGCCACGAUACGUUUUUAUCAAGUCAGAGGACUUAACACGUUAUUUUUAGAACUUUUAUAUUUGUUAACUGUUUUACAGUGAUUAGAAAUGUGACACCGAGCAGCAACGGCUGCUGGAAUUGAAAGAUAAUAUAUAUUGUAAUUGCUGUCACUCUAUUGGUUUUUGUAUUCUUUGAACUGUGUCUUUUGGAUUAUAAUUGUUUUUUUGAGGGCAUUUAUUUAACCUGAGGACAAUAGUGGGGGAAAUAUGUACCAUAUUUUAUUACUUAGAAUUAUAGUAGAAUAUUGAAGAAAUUAAUGAAAUAUUCAGAUCACCUUUAAGACUAAAAGAGUCCAUAAUAGGCUUCUUUCAUGCUCGGGAGGAUUUGGGUAAACUCAAAAUAUGUGUUUUCUUGACAAUAAUAAAACUAAUAUUUUUUUACAGAA